AUGGACGACAAGAAUGUGGACAAAUACUGGGGCGUUCUAAAGAAUGCCAUCCAGGAGAUCCAGAGGAAGAACAACUGUGGGCUAACCUUUGUGGAGCUGCACACGGUUGCCUACAUCAUGGUGCUCCACAAGCAUGGAGAGAAGCUCUACACAGGCCUGAGGGGGGUCAUCACUGAGCACCUCAUCAACACAGUCCGGGGAGAUGUCCUUAACUCUUUAAAUAACAACUUUCUGCAAACACUGAAUCAGGCCUGGAAUGACCAUCAAACGGCCAUGGUUAUGAUCAGAGACAUCCUCAUGUACAUGGACCGAAUCUAUGUUCAACAGAACAAUGUGAAGAAUGUGUACACCCUUGGCCUCAUCAUAUUCAGACAACAGUUGGCUUGCUACGGCUGCAUUCAAGGCCACCUGCGACAGACAUUACUGGACAUGAUCUCACGUGAGAGAAAUGGAGAGGUUGUAGAAAGGGGUGACAUCAAAACUGCCUGCCAGAUGCUAAUGAUUCUGGGCUUGGAUGCCAGGUUUGUGUAUGCGGAGGACUUUGAGGGCCCUUUCUUAGAUAUGUCAGCUGAAUUCUUCCAGAUGGAGAGCGAAAAGUUCCUUGCUGAAAACAAUGCCAUUAUCUACAUAAGGAAGGUAGAGGCCAGACUCAAUGAAGAAAUUGGGCGAGUCCUGCACUGCUUGGACAAGUCUACAGAAGAGAGCAUUGUCAAGGUGGUGGAACGGGAGCUAAUUUCCAAUCACAUGAAGAAAAUUGUAGAGAUGGAAAACUCGGGCCUCAUCCAUAUGCUCAAGCAUGACAAGCUAGAUGACCUGGCAUGCAUGUACAAGCUGUUUACUCGCGUACCAAACGGCCUGAAAACAAUGUGUGAGUGUAUGAGCUCUUACUUGAGGGAGCAAGGCAAAGCUCUGGUGUCAGAAGAGGGAGAGGGCAAUAACCCUGUUGACUAUAUACAGGGCCUGCUAGACUUGAAGUCACAAUUUGACCAUUUCCUCUUCAAGUCAUUCAACAAUGACAGAGUCUUUAAACAAAGCAUAGCUGGCGACUUUGAGUAUUUCCUCAAUCUCAAUUCUCGCUCCCCAGAGUAUCUUUCACUCUUCGUCGACGAUAAGCUCAAGAAAGGAGUCAGAGGGUUAACAGAACAGGAUGUGGAGUCCAUCCUUGACAAGGCCAUGGUGUUGUUUAGGUUCAUGCAGGAGAAGGAUGUGUUUGAAAGAUACUAUAAGCAGCACCUGUCUCGCAGGCUGCUCAGCAACAACAGUGUCUCGGACGACUCAGAGAAGAGCAUGAUCUCUAAACUAAAGACAGAAUGUGGCUGUCAGUUCACCACAAAACUUGAAGGAAUGUUCAGAGACAUGAGCAUCUCCAACAUCACCAUGGAUGAGUUCAGGCAACACAUACAAACCACGUCGGCAUCCUUAAGUGGUGUGGACCUCAUCGUUAGAGUCCUCACUACCGGCUACUGGCCCACACAGUCUGCAACCCCAAAAUGCACCAUCCCCCCUGGUCCUAGACACGCAUUUGAAAUCUUUAGAAGGUUUUACCUCGCUAAGCACAGUGGCAGGCAGCUUAAACUGCAGCACCACAUGGGCGGGGCAGACCUCAACACAACCUUCUACGGAGCUGUUAAAAAGGAGGAUGGUUCCGAAGUGGGUGGGGGAGGCGCCCUGGUGACGGGCUCAAACACCCGCAAGCACAUACUGCAGGUUUCCACCUUCCAGAUGACUAUCCUCAUGCUCUUCAACAACAGGGAAAAGUGCACUUUCGAGGAGAUCCAGCAGGAGACUGAUAUCCCCGAGCGGGAGCUGGUGCGGGCGUUGCAGUCUCUGGCCUGUGGGAAAACCACACAGAGGGUUCUCACCAAGGAGCCAAAGUCCAAGGAGAUUGAAAACAGACACGUGUUUACAGUCAAUGAUCAAUUUACUUCCAAACUGCACAGAGUCAAAAUACAGACAGUUGCUGCUAAACAAGGAGAAUCAGACCCCGAAAGGAAAGAGACACGGCAGAAAUUGGACAAUGACAGGAAGCAUGAGAUAGAGGCAGCCAUUGUCCGAAUCAUGAAGUCCAGGAAGAAGAUGCAUCACAAUGCCCUGGUGGCGGAGGUGACUCAACAGCUCCGAUCACGUUUUCUCCCCAAUCCUGUGGUUAUCAAGAAGCGUAUAGAAGGACUCCUAGAAAGAGAAUACUUGACGAGGACGCCAGAGGAUCGUAAUGAGUACACCUAUGUUGCAUAG